AUGAUCACGAGACUAAUGGUGGAAGAAUUACCGAAACGGGCUUUCGCCGGCAACUCCUCCCAGCAUCACAUUCUCAAUCCUUACAUAUACGACCCUAGCGAACCACUGGCCAUCGUGGGCGCUGUCUUGUUCACACUCAUCAGCCUCUUCUCGGUUUACCAGUACAUCCGAACACGAUCAUGGUUCUUCUGGGCAGCCAUGAUUGCCGUAUUCAGCCUCACGUCAGGCCACAUCUGCCGUGUCGUCUCUGCCUUCCAUGAGCAUCAGGACAUUCCAUUCCUAGUCUCCUGGGUCAUGAUACUACUAGCACCCUCCUUUCUGGCUGCGGCAUGCUAUACCGCCUUCUCAAGAGUGGUCUGGUUCAGCUGUCCGACCUACGCCCUGAACUUCAAGACCCUGUGGUGCUUCCCGCGUUGGAUAACACCUACAUUUGUCAUUUUCGACCUGUUCUCAUUCCUCAUCCAACUCGUUGGUGCAAGUCAAAUAUCUACGCACUACGACAAGGACAAAUCCAUAGACCGCACUAUUGAGUCGGCGGAGGUGAAAGCACUCCCUGGUCGCAUCAUCCUUGUCCUUGGUCUCAUUUUACAGAUGAUGUGCUUCGUGUCUUUUAGCGUCAUCUCAUGUCGCUACUUUUACAUCUCGCGCAAUUGGCGCGCUUUCGAUCUCGGCGACAUGAAACUCUGGCGCAAAUUGUCCUAUACCAUCAACUUGUCGUCCAUCAUCAUCGCACUGCGGGCGAUUUACCGCACCAUGGAGAUACCUCACGACAAGGAUUACGGGUUGAAAUACCUCCAGCAUCACGAGUGGUGCUUCUGGGUUUUCGAUGCAGCCCCAAUAAUGCUCGUCCUCAUCGUCUUCGCGAUAUGGCACCCUGGACACUACCUCCCGCGAUCCUAUACCGGCCUUGCACUGGACAAGGGAAGGGCAAUGAAAGAGAAGGACGAAAUCAGUUCGAUGAAUGCAGGAAUUCCUCAGGACAAUGAGCUCAGACAGUUCAAGCCUGAAGACUUUCAGCAGGGAGGCUUAGCCAGCAGAGUGUAAUGAAGUUCGCGGCAUGCGAUGAUGAGCUUUGGAGUUCAAAAGGCGUUCGGGUCGGGAAGAUACCAUUGCAUUUAGCGGGGCGGUGUUUUGAUAUUUCAGCAAAUUGUAAGAUACCACAUGUUCCCGGGCCGCUUUCCAUACAGACGGAAGAAUAUUUAAAUGGUUUAUUCACACUCUAUGUCUGGAUCAUUUUCGGUUGGCCUGUCCUCUAUGUCAUCUGAAUUUGUU